GCACUUGAAGGAGCCACUAGCGUCACAUUUCGACUGAGGCUCAUUUUUAUUUACUCAGCGUGUCUGAAAGAAGCUGUAGAGAGAAGGAAAGCAGCAGUAAUAGGAAGCUAAUAAGCUAACAAUUGACUGGUUUUCCUGCUCCGAACAGUCGCCGGCUGGUUUUGGCCCCGGCUCUUCUGGCAAUCAUUUAUCAGACCCGGGGAGGGGCAGGGGCUCGGGCUCGGGGGCAUUUCGUCGCCCGUGUUCCCGGGGCCUCGCGCGAGGAAUGCAAGGUGGUGUCAAUGACCAGAGAUUAGGGCAGUGGAAUUUUGCAUUUGUCACAGCGGCAGCUGUAGCGAGUGGUUUCGACCUAAGGGCAGAGUCCCCGAGCAGGGCGCGGCCACCGCUCUCGCUCGGUUGGCGAUCGCUGGGGCGGGCACCGGAGCUCGGCCCUCGGAGCUGGGGGCGGGAUUUUAGAAAGAAGUCCCGGACUUGGCGAGUGGAUGCCGGGGCUUUUCCUCGCAGCCUCUGCAGCCGCCGAUCUGCCUGCCCAGGCGCACUCCCACUCCUAGACUUCAUUCCUCUUUCCUUCAGUGCUGCUCGCCAGAGGACCCGGUUGCCAUGGUGAAGGAGAAAGUGGCGCACCCUCAGGACCCCCACCACCCGGCCGAGAAGCCUGUCAUUCACUGCCACAAGUGCGGGGAACCGUGCAAGGGCGAAGUGCUGCGGGUCCAGACCAAACAUUUCCACAUCAAAUGUUUCACCUGCAAAGUGUGCGGCUGCGACCUGGCGCAAGGCGGCUUCUUCAUAAAGAACGGGGAGUACCUGUGCACGCUGGACUACCAGAGGAUGUACGGGACACGCUGCCACGGCUGCGGGGAGUUCGUGGAAGGAGAGGUGGUGACCGCCCUGGGCAAGACCUACCAUCCCAACUGCUUUGCUUGUACCAUCUGCAAGCGCCCCUUUCCUCCCGGAGACCGCGUCACGUUCAAUGGGAGAGACUGCCUUUGUCAACUCUGUGCCCAGCCGAUGUCGUCCAGCCCUAAGGAAGCCUCCUGCUCCAGCAACUGUGCUGGCUGCGGAAGAGACAUCAAAAACGGGCAGGCGCUGCUGGCGCUGGAGAAGCAGUGGCACCUGGGGUGCUUUAAAUGCAAAGCCUGCGGGAAGGUGCUCACCGGGGAGUAUAUCAGCAAGGAUGGCGCUCCGUACUGCGAAAAGGACUACCAGGGGCUCUUCGGGGUGAAGUGUGAAGCCUGCCACCAGUUCAUCACAGGCAAAGUCUUGGAGGCAGGCGACAAGCACUACCACCCCAGCUGUGCACGAUGCAGCAGAUGCAACCAGAUGUUCACAGAAGGAGAGGAAAUGUAUCUUCAAGGUUCCACCGUUUGGCAUCCAGACUGUAAGCAAUCCACCAAGACGGAGGAAAAGCUGCGGCCGCCAAACAUUCAGCAUUCUUCCUCCGAUUUCUUUUAUCCCAAAAGUCUGAUCCGACGCACAGGACGGUCCCCGUCACUGCAGCCCACCAGGACUUCCUCGGAGAGCAUUUACUCCAGACCGGGCUCCAGCAUCCCCGGGUCCCCGGGGCACACUAUCUAUGCAAAAGUGGACAACGAAAUCCUGGAUUACAAGGAUUUAGCGGCCAUUCCCAAGGUCAAGGCAAUUUAUGACAUUGAACGCCCAGACCUUAUAACCUACGAGCCUUUCUACACUUCGGGCUAUGAUGACAAACAGGACAGACAGAGCCUGGGAGAGUCUCCAAGGACUUUGUCUCCUACCCCAUCAGCAGAAGGGUACCAGGACGUGCGGGACCGGAUGAUCCACCGGUCCACCAGCCAGGGCUCCAUCAGCUCCCCCGUGUACAGCCGCCACAGCUACACUCCAACCACAUCCCGCUCUCCACAGCACUUCCACAGACCUGAGCUGCUGUCUCCUGGUGUGCAGAGGUUGUCCUACCUGCGCACCAGCAGCCUCAGCUCCGCCCACAGCGACUCCCGCCCCAACUCCCCCUUCCGACACCACUUCAUCCCCCAUGUCAAAGGCAACGAGCCGUCCAGCGGCCGGAACUCCCCUCUCCCCCACCGGCCAGACAGCCGCCCUCUAACUCCAACUUACGUUCAGGCCCCUAAACAUUUCCAUGUUCCAGAUCAAGGGAUCAACAUUUACCGAAAACCACCCAUCUACAAACAGCAUGAUGCAGCUGCCUUGGCAGCCCAGAGCAAGUCUUCAGAAGACAUCAUCAAGUUUUCCAAGUUCCCAGCAGCCCAGGCUCCAGACCCCAGCGAGAUCCCAAAGAUUGAGACGGACCACUGGCCCGGUCCCCCCUCACUUGCCGCCGUAGGAGCCGACACGAGACGCCGAUCUAGCGGCAGAGAGGAAGACGACGAGGAGCUCCUGAGACGCCGGCAGCUGCAAGAAGAGCAACUGAUGAAGCUCAACUCGGGCCUGGGGCAGUUGAUUCUGAAAGAAGAGAUGGAGAGGGAGAAGGAGAGAGAGAGCCGGGAGAGGUCGUCUCUGUCCGCCAGUCGCUAUGAUUCUCCCAUCAACUCAGCGUCCCACGUACUGUCAUCCAAAACCUCAUCUCUCCCGGGCUAUGGAAGAAACGGGCUUCACCGGCCCGUUUCUACAGACUUCGCUCAGUACAACAGCUACGGGGAUGUCAGCGGGGGCAUGCGAGACUACCAGGUAUGGGACCCUGUCUUCCUGGAGUCGGCCACACCAGCAGAACAGGCGUUUUCCAGCCCAGAUACCCUCCCGGACGGCCACAUGCCCGGCAUGAGGAUGGACCGAGGAGUGUCUAUGCCCAACAUGUUGGAACCAAAGAUAUUCCCAUAUGAGAUGCUCAAGGUGACCAACAGAGGGCGCAACAAAAUCCUGAGAGACGUGGACAGAACGAGGCUGGAGCGCCACCUAGCGCCAGAAGUGUUCCGGGAGAUCUUUGGAAUGUCCAUCCAGGAGUUCGACAAGUUACCUCUUUGGAGACGCAAUGAAAUGAAGAAAAAAGCAAAACUCUUCUAAGUCCCACACGUAGACAGCAAUCAGAAAAAAAGGACUAACAAUGGCAGUGACACAUAGGAUGUUGUGUUAAGGCCCAAACCUGAUUGGAGAAUUUGCAAACUACCGUUCCCUCGGCAACAACAAAAAGGGAGAAAUCCGAUUAAAACACCCACGAGCCCAACAUUGGGCUGACCAAUGGCGACAAGCUUGCCAAGGAGCAAGUAGAAAUGUCUGUGUCCCCACACGCGACAGUAGUGUUCGCAGGUGGCCCUUUCACGUCACCUGAUGCACACAACAGAAGCUCCUCCUUUUGUUUCUUUUUAACUGUUGUCCGACGAUCGUGCCGACUGGAUGGACCAGAGCCAGCAAGUGCCCUUAGGAUGCCGCGUGGGAAAAACAGCUGUCGUAACUCCAAAGUAUGAGUAUAUUUAUUACGUAGCAGACUGGCUAAGAAGGAAGAGCCCGAGGGACACGUCCAUGUGGUUGCAGCCUUUUGCACACGCCUUUGCUCCUGGCCUCGCGUAGCUCUGUGCUCCCGUAGGGUGGGAAUCCCAGCCUGGGAACUCCGCGGCUCUGCACCAGCGGGCUCAGUAGCAGCUGGAGUUAUUCUUAACAAUCUCCUUGUUCUCUGCUGUUAGCCAGGACCUGGUUCACAAGUCACUUAGCUAUUGUUUUUUUUUUUCCCCAAAAAAGUUUUUUCAAGAGAAAGAAGGAAAAGGAAUGAAAGGAAAAGCUGCCUUCACUCCUUUUCUGCUUCAGAUAAUGCGAUUGCCUCCCCUCCCCAGCAGGGACUGGAGCCACCUCUCGCCCACCCCCCCCCCCCCUUUACACAGACAGGAAAGGGGAGCAAAGGUCUCUGGACUGGCACGGCAUGCUGUUAGGUGGUUUUCGCCCAGGGGCCAGGGCACUCUCGGCAAAAAGCAGCUCUGUGUCCCACCAACGCAAGUCCCAUGCUCUGCUUUGCAUCUGGCAUCCCCUGCACUGAGUCAUGCCCAUGCUGGGUUCGGGUUCUUUUCUCUAGACAUUUUCAUGAGUGGGCAUCAGAGGAAAGGCAUGGUUUUCUGUUUUAAAACUGCAACUCCAGGGUUGACUGCCUGAAAGUGGUUUAAUUUGGCCUUUUCUGCUUCUCUUCUUGCCUAGCAUGGUUGGCUCCAUGGUGCAUGCGCGCAUGCCCAUGCAUCCGACCUACUAACAGUCUGCAAACGGCUCUGGGAGCCGGUGGAGCUGGAAGACCAGCUGCUCCUUGUCUGAAUGAAGCCAGACUAGAGUGCAGUUUUGCUCCUUCGUAUCCAUCAGUUGCCUCUUGCUUCACUCGAUAUUUCUGCUGCCCCAUCUCCCCUCUGGCCUCACCCCAUUGGCAGCCUGUGUGUCCCAGUCCCUGCUUUGCUCUGGCAAAGUGUGAGGGGCGGGGACCACGGUGUGUUCCCUGAGUUUCCCUGCCACCAUCAGCAACGGGGGUCCCAGCGCUAGGCUGGUGGGGAGACUUUCUGCCAUUGUGGGGUCAAAAAGGACCCUCAAUGUUUUCACUGGUUGAUAAUUAUACCCCAUGCACAUGCAGAUCGGAUACCCAUGUCAGAAAGACUGCAGUGAUGGUUAAAACGCUGAGCCCAAAACCUGUUCCCACUAACACAACAUUGCUUUCCUUGUAUCUUUUCAAUUUGGUUCUGCAGCCGUCUUAGGAGGGAGAAGAGCUUCUUGCCAUGUCAAGUGCAUUGGGAAAUGUAAACUAUGCCGUGCAAACAUGCACUGCCCGAAAAUGCCAGUAGCCUCCUGUUUGCAAGCAGAGCAGUGCUGUGCUCUGCAGUGGGGGCAGUGAACCCCAAUACAGAGUGGGCUCCCCAACCCAAGUCCCCAGCAGAAGGCUCCAGCCGGAGGGAUGGCUGCAGAGGAGGUCACCUGCCUCUCCCAGCUGCCAGGUCCAGUAGCUGGGCCGCCACACACUCCCCCCCUCUGUUCAAUGGGGCUCGGCAAGCUUGUUCUCAAAGCAUCCAGGCCGCUGUUCCAGGGAUCCGUAUUUUCUGCUUCAACCCCGCCCCGCACUGCACAUAAAAAUUCCAGGUGUGAACCCAGUCAAAUGGACAGGGAUUGUUCACUGUAGGGAUGGAGUUAUACGCCUGGCAAGCUUCCCUGGUGCAGACACAAGGGCUACAUGUGUAAGCGUUGGGCUUCCGUCCCACCCUGCCAGCCCGUUGCUCGUGUGGCGUAACGGAGGCCCGUACGGCACUGUGAAAGGCACUGCUUCCUUUCAGGCUUCUUCCAGAAGAGCCAGGGUACCAGCCUGUCUUCCCGCGUGAUUUGUGAUGGGACACAAAGGGUGUUUGGAAGCGUGUCCAGCUAGCCACGCGUCCACAGCGUGGUCUGGGUUCAUGAGGGAAUGUUUGUAAUGUGACUUCUUCGACAACACAAAACAUACUGCCUGCUCUCUGCAACCUUGAACAGGGAAGCUGGAGUGAAUGGGUGAUACGGUGCAAAAACAAAGUUGUUUUUAUCCGUCCUGUCCUCUAGCCUCCCCCACCCCCCCUUUUCCCAGUGCCGUUGUUCCCGGGGCCGAGUCUCCUCCUCCUCCGAGCCGGGACUGGGGCAGCCCACGCUCUCUCUCCGUCUGGUUAUGUCCGUCAGCUCCACUGGCGGGGCCUUUGCUGGGAAUGUUUAUAAAACUUUCACCUAAUUUCUUUACACUUGAAAGCGAACACCUUUUUCUAAAGAAUUGCUUCUCAGAUGAUUACAUAAACUAUAUAUAUAUAUGCUUUUGCUAGUUUAAACAACUCAAACCAUUUUGACUAAAUAGGUUUUUCUAAAAACUCUUCUAAGCCAACUCAGUGGCCGAAACCCCCCUGCGUGUGCGUGUUGAAGGCACAGGGGGGCCCUCCAGGCCUCCGGCCCCCCGGGGGCUGUCUCCGUUCCUGUCCCGAGUGACGGCGGGAGGAAACCGGCCUCCGCGUCCUCUGGGCAGCCGCAGUUUUCACAAAUUACUCCUCUGCGUGUCCGGCCGCUGUGUAACCAGUGCUUCCUAAGCUGGCCUUGAUUUUAUCUGAUUUUUAAAAAUGAUUUUUCUUUGACCCACCAAGUGUUUGUCCGUACGCCCUAAAACUCACUCAUUAGUCCUCUGUUUUGAAGAACGUUCUAUCCAGGAGAAAAAAAAAAAGGUUAUUUUGGACUGGAGGUUUGUGAUGACGCCACCUCAUAGGGAUGAUGUACGUCAGGGGAAGCGCCCACCUGUGUUACAAUGAAAAGAAUGAGAAACUUCUACUUUGGCAUUUAAAAAAGACAAAAAACAAAAACACUGUCUUUCCCGUGGCUGCCCAGGAACUAGGGAGAUGGUGACUGAUACCCUUUGCAUAUGGGUUUCUGGGUUUUUGUCUGGGCAAGCUGGAUUCACGGCAAGCUCAAAAAGAAAGGGGGAGGUGGACAGUUGAAGCUGAAAGAAACUUCCUGAACAAUUCUUUGUGUGCGCGGCAAAAUUAAAUGCAGCAUAUGCUGACACUUCACGUAACUGAGUGGCAAUUGUUAUCAUUAAAUAACAUUCUCCCCCAGUGUGUCUCUCCCGAGAGUGAAGACCCCGAGUCACUUUCUGAGCCCGUUCACCAAAGGCAGAAGGAGACCACACUGUGUACACCAGCGUUCAAAACGGCCGUGAGCCGCUUAUCAUUGUGUGUGCAUCCAUCUCUUCACCCUGCAGGAGAGAGAACGGAUGUCCUCAAAACUGAUGUUCCCUGGGGGUUUUAUGUACAGACCCACCUGGUAACCAACGCGUGCCGUUUCUGUGAGUUGCCAGCAACCCCGCGUCGAAGCUCUCCCAAUUCUUUCCAUUUCUGUUGGGUUUAUGGAAUUUCUUUUCAAGUGUUAGAAGGUCCACUGUUCUCCCUGCCCUCCCUCCCCUUUUCAGAACUAUGAAAGCAAAUAUGUGGAAGAACUGCUGUGUCAAAGAUGUGUCGUGUCCCCCGUGAAAGUGAGUGGGUGUCCGUCUGCACCCCGAGUGCCGCGUGCCGGUCUGCAGAGGUGGCCAGUGGCCGCGUCGCUGUGCUUACGACUCCAACCUCCUCCACGCUCCCGUUGCCACAGCACUCGCCCCUCUGCGCUGUACCCUGGGUCUCCGUUGUACUCACGACUCAGUGAAUAAAGUGCGUGCUUUAUUCGU